UUUAUUUAUUUUUCUGUUCAUGUUACAGACGUUUCACAUGUAAUCUGUUUAAAUCCUCAGCUCUGGUCUCUGGUCCCAUGACGGUGUUUGGGUUUUAUUUGUUGGGUAAACAGCGGAUCAGUGGCUCGUCUCUUUCUUUCUUUCUUUCUAAUCCUCCAUCAUUAAACAUUCAUCUCCUCCUGAACCUCCGACAUCUUAAAGCUGCUCCGUUUUUUUUUCACCCCCUCGACCACUUGACUCUCGGGACCCGCCUCCGUCCUUUUUAUGCGGCUGUUAAAAGGGAGAGGAUGUCCUCCCUCGUGGAUGUUUCGUGCGUUAAACCCUCUCCUCCUCGCGGCCUCGCUCCCUUUACCGGGAUUCAUGGACCCCAACCCUCCGGUUCCUGCUCCUCUUUAACCGGCCACAGCCGCCGAAUCAGCGCGGGUCACAAACCUGGAACUUGUUCCUCGUCCUCCUCUUCCUCUCCACUCUGCGUCAUGUCGUUCGGCACCAGCGUAAAAACGGGAUUCUCCGUACGAGACAUCCUGGAUCUCCCCGACUCCACCGGGAGAUGCGGCUCCGGGACGGAGGAGAUCGAGGAGGAUGACACGGAGGAGGCCUCCGCGGGAGCUCCAGGCUCCGGGAAGACGCGGAGGAUGGAGUUUCCCGGAGGGAGUCUGGGCAGGUGGAGCCGCGCCUCCGCUGACCUGCGUUUCUCAUUGCACGGUCUGUCCAUGGAGGCCCGGUCCGAGCCGAAGUCCCCCGAGUUCUCCACGGAUGAGUCCCCGGACGCAGAGAAGCAGCAGCCGAGCCGCGGCAGGAAGCGGCGGGUCCUGUUCUCCAAGGCUCAGACUCUGGAGCUGGAGCGUCGCUUCCGGCAGCAGCGGUACCUGUCGGCCCCGGAGCGGGAGCACCUGGCCGGUCUGAUCCGCCUCACCCCGAACCAGGUCAAGAUCUGGUUCCAGAACCACCGCUACAAGAUGAAGAGAGCCCGGACCGAGCGCAGCCUGGACGCGCUGCAGCUGCUGCCGGUUGCGCGCCGCGUCGCCAUCCCGGUCCUGGUCCGGGACGGGAAGCCCUGCGACCGGAUCACGGUGCGCGACCUGGAGGCGACGCUCCGGUCCGGCCUGAGUCUGCCUCUGUGCGCCUACUCCCCGCUGCUGCACCCCGCAUACGGCUCGGAGCACCCGGGGAUGGCGCAGCAGCACCCGGGGCCGCAGCAUCUGGCGCACAUGUACCACUGGAGCUGGUGAAGGCCGAGAUUCGAGCUGAAGACUUUUUAAAUCCACUGAGAUCUGAGAUCAUUAAAGAGACAGAGAAAGAGCGUUUUUAAAGUCUCAUCUGGAGAGUUCAGCAUCAGAGAUGGUGAGUGUCCGAGUCUAAGAACCAGGUUCAUCUGUGUAAAAACUAAAAAAGAAAAAAAAAAGAAACGUUUUAAUCUCCAGAGAACAGGAGGUUUUUUGUUCUCAUCCUGACGCGCAACUCGUCUAAAACUAAAGAGAAAUCAAACCAAAUGUUUUCCUGCUGCUUCGUGACAUUUCAUUUUGUUCUUGUUGAUGUGUUUUAUAAAACUAUUUAUGAGCUGAUUUGGAAUAAACUGUGAAAUAUUUAUGUUUAUGGGAAAUAAAAGCUGGAGCAGAUGCUUCAUGUUGAAAGAAUUC